AUGCGCAAACACCUCAGACGUUUCUUCAAUCACCUUCGACGGAGACCCGCUCUGAAAGGACUGAAAGAAGAUUCCCGUGGAGAUCUCAUUCGCAUCCCCCCUGAGAUCAUCCUGCAAGUCACCGAGUUCCUCCCCAAUGGCUCGUUAAUAUCACUCAGCCUUACCUGUUACGCCUACCACGCUCUUCUUUCGGGGAUCACCCGCAAUGUAAAACUUGAGGGAAUGGAGUUGGAAGAGUUUCUGCAGCUAUUAGAGAAGGAUUGCGCAAGCUCGUAUCUUUGUUACACCUGUGUGAGGUUUCACCAACGGGACCGACGAGGGAAAACUGACCCCUGCAAGUGCUACAAAUGGGAUUGUAAGAAAAACUGUUUGUACCACUUCCAUUUUUAUCUGUGGAUCGACUCUGGUUUGAUGAUGACAUAUCCCGACGUGCGACUUAUCAUGAAUCGCCAUUUCAACGGCCCUACCCACGGACUCUCCCUCGAUACGCUCAACUACCACGGAGAUAUCUUUCGAUACGAGGAUGGUGGCACAGAACGGUGGACAUCCUUUGCUCGCAUAAUUCAAGAUGAGCUAUUCGUGCAGAGGACUCUGGCAAUAUGGCAUCCCGGAGAUUUAGGGGUGCAGGAACUUCUUGAUCGCUUUUCCUUUCCUAUAUGCCUUCAUAUUAGCAGCAAUACUAAACGCUACGAGGAUGGCUAUGCACGAAUCGGUCUGUAUACCUUGCCAGAAUUGGUAGAAUUAUCGGGGGGGUUCAAGUCUUAUGAUGGCUCAUUGGGCUCGUGUCCUAUCUGCUUUACUGAUUACUCCAUAACCGUACGCUGGGGAACCCAUCAGAGGCAGGGCUGGCACAUAGAAGUAGUGAGUUACCAACAGCUUGGUUCUUGUCGAUCGCCUUAUGAUUGGAAGUGGAGACUUGCUGCGGAAGACUGCACUUGGAAUGAACCAAGAUGCCGAACCCAGAAGCCGGGGCUCGUAAGGCAGCGCUGGAUGUGGCCAGGUGGCUUCAUACAACCGGAGGGAAAGUAUGUUGGCAAGGCUCGCCGACAGCCCGGUAGUCUACUUGGAUCAAGGCGCUGUCCUUGGGGGCUCUCAUGCGAAUAUGAACCAGAGUGUAAAGAGCACUAUGCCGCAGAAGAGAACCACCAGCCGCCUGCUGGCCUUUUCAGAAGUCAUCUCACCUGGUGGUACCCGACCGAAGCUUAG